CUAAUUUCUCCCUGAUGCGAACCAAUCAGGAAACAGCACAUGUCAUGCGACAACGAUAGAGAGAGAGGGAGAGUGGGAGUUGUCUCUGUCUCUGUCGUAUUCUUCAACUUGAAGAAUUUGUAACGGUCUUUCCACUCUUUCCGCCAUUCAAUUCUGAAUUGUUCUGAUAGUUGCUUACUUGCCCAAACAUUUGUGCUCUGAAAGCUGCUACUGAAUAUUUUGAGAAUAUAUUUGGAAUAUCUUCAAGCAAUUUUCAUUGCUCUAAUUUAUAUCUAUUAUAUUUCAGGAGUUUCUUCAAAUUAAAGCAAUUUUUAUUGCUCUAAUUCAUAUCUAUUGUAUUUCAGGAGUUUCUUCAAAUUAAAGCAAUUUUUAUUGCUCUAAUUCAUAUCUAUUGUAUUUCAGGAGUUUCUUCAAAUUAAAGCAAUUUUUAUUGCUCUAAUUCAUAUCUAUUGUAUUUCAGGAGUUUCUUCAAAUUAAAGCAAUUUUCAUUGCUUCAAUUUUUAACUUGUAGUUUAGCUUUCAGGAAAUAGAUUCUUGAACAUGGAUGGGGAAAACGAUAAACUGAUUUGUCAAAUCUGUAAAAAGAAAUACUCUAGUGUUUCGGCGAAAUAUCGCCAUUUGCGAGAUGUUCAUAAUGAACAACCUAUUGCAAAACAGACAGUGCAUAUAAAAUGCCCCAUUUGCCCUCAAGAAGAAAAAGUAGCUCUUGAGUCUCAUGAUAUGCUGAUUAAUCACUUACAGCAGAUUCAUUCUCUAAGUAUCAAGACAUCACUUUUUACUUUUAAGAAUGAAGAAGAAUUUGAGACUUGGAGAGCACUUGAUAACAGAAAUGUGGAUUACGUAAAACGAAGAGAUCGUAAAAUCAGCGAUGGACAGGUGGUAUAUUAUGAAUGCAAUCGUAGUAAUUUUUCAGGAUAUACUAGCCAAUGUAGCAAACGCAGCAUGAAAACUGGGGGAAGUAUCAAAAUCUCUGGUUUCUGCCCUUCUAGAAUUCGUGUGAAGAUAUGUAAUACAGGGGUGGAUGUUAAAUUUGUUGAAACACAUGUUGGUCAUGACGAUCUACUGCGAUCUAAACAUUUGACAAAGGACCAGCAGGAAAUGAUUGCUAGUAAAUUGGCAGCUGGAGUCACAAAAGAAAGAAUUUUGGAAGAUGCAAGAACUAUAACCGGCAAUAAGCUAGAAAGAAUUAAUGUGCUUAAAAGGGCAGAUCUUGCUUAUAUUAUAAGAAAAUUCAACAUAGAGUAG